AUGCGGGCUGUUUUCUACGAUACAGUUUUCUUCCUAUUUAAGUUCGGGAUAUUGAUCACCGUUUUUGGCGGUGUUUGCACUGGUGUUGAAUAUCAAUGGCACUUCUCCCCUCCAGUUCCUCCCGAGGCGGUAAUAAACGUAACAAUUUCUGACAACUCUACGACAAAUGGAACAAAUUCUACUCUUGAAGGGACAGAUAAUGGUUUCACUUCAUUAGAAGACGAAUUGGCUUCACUAGAAGCCGAAGAUACCAUAACCUUCAUUAACGGGACGUGGGAAGAUGUCAACGGUACAUUGGUGUGGUCUAACAUAUCACUCCCAGUUGACACAAACGUACGAAAUCCAAAAGAAGAAAAGUUAUUUCGCGGGAAAAAAAUCGGGAAACUAUUCCUUGGACAUGUGUUCAAAGAAAUUUCGACGACUCAUCUUCCAACCCAGUGCGCGUUCGAGUGUCUGCAACAUGUGAAUUGCCGCUCGUAUAACUUUAAUCAGAAGAAUCAUAGUUGUACGCUGAACGACGCGACCCAUGUUGAACACUAUAAUAGUUUGGUGGAGAACGAAGCUUUCACGUAUUAUGUGAGAGACUCUUACCACGUCAACAAGGAUGCUUUGGGGCUGUGCAUGACGUACCCCUGCCAAAACAACGGCUACUGUCUGGACAUCAAGACACAGCAGGGUCUACCAUCAUACAUAUGUAUCUGCCCUGAAGGUUGGACCGGGAUUAAUUGUGAUACCAAUGCGGAUGACAUCGACUGGUCGGAGUGGCAGGCCUGGGAAAGCUGCUCUGUCACCUGCGGCACAGGAUGGAAACAGCGCAGGCGCAGCUGCGUCAACAAGGCGACCUUAGAGGAUAGAAGUCCCCUAGAUUGUUAUGGAGCAGAAGUCGAAAGUGAAACGUGCACACUCCUUCCAUGUCCCGAAUGGGACUCGUGGUCGACAUGGAGCCCAUGUUCAACACACGACACCUGUGGCCCAGGUAUCAAAACACGACAUCGCAGUUGCGCUAACCGUGGUACACCGGGCAAAGACCGCUACUGCAUGGGUCCCUUGAUCGAACACGCACCUUGUCACGAGGUCACCUGCACAGCUCCAGUCAACCUGGUAGACGGCAAUGAAUACGGACAAGGAGUUCUACAGAUCUAUAACGACAAGAGCAAGACGUGGGGGAUGGUGUGUUCUGAAGGUUGGGGUAUAAAUGAAGCAACCGUGGCUUGUAGGCAACUUGGUUUGGCGGGCGCGGCGGAAGCUCCAGUCAACCUGGUAGACGGCAAUGAAUACGGACAAGGAGUUCUACAGAUCUAUAACGACAAGAGCAAGACGUGGGGGAUGGUGUGUUCUGAAGGUUGGGGUAUAAAUGAAGCAACCGUGGCUUGUAGGCAACUUGGUUUGGCGGGCGCGGCGGAAGCUCUACAAAAUGGUCCGACUAAAUCUUACAACCUCCCCUUUGUGUUAUCCGGUCUCUCCUGCCUCGGCAAUGAGACGGCCAUACAAGAGUGUACACAUAACGGCUGGCAGAGUUCCAGUCUGUGUAAGGAUGGACACGUGGUCGGCAUCAAGUGUGUUGUGGACGGAGGCUGGGGAGACUGGUCAUCUUGGGGCGAGUGUUCUGUCACAUGUGAAGAUGGCAUCAGAAUACGGACAAGGCAGUGCGACCACCCAGAAACGCUGCGAGGUGGACAACCGUGCGACGGGGUGGCCCAGCAAGAAAAACCAUGUACUCUUCCACCCUGUCCAGUGGACGGUGUCUGGAAGGCCUGGUCAGAGUGGGAGACGUGUUCUCUCUCGUGUGGCGGCGGCACCCAGGGCCGUUCUCGUGAAUGCGAUGGCCCAUUCUAUCACGGGCAAAAUUGCUCCGGUCCCUUCACUGAGUCAAGAGCCUGCAAUACACAUAAUUGUCCAAUUGACGGCGUUUGGGUCACGUGGUCCGCAUGGGGUACGUGCAAUACGACCUGUGGCGGUGGAAUUCAAAGCAGGUGGAGGGUCUGCGACGGACCGUUCUUCGGUGGUGCCAACUGCUCUGGUCCAACAGAGGAUUUUCAGCCAUGCAAUACUCAUCACUGUCCAGUUGACGGUGUCUGGACCAACUGGACCUCCUGGGACACCUGCAAUGUCACCUGCGGGGGUGGUAUGCAACACCGCUACAGAACUUGUACCGGGCCGUUUUAUGGCGGUCUGAAUUGCUCGGGACCAGAUAUCGAUUCCAAGAUAUGCAAUGACUUCUAUUGUCCAGUUGACGGAAUCUGGGAAGCUUGGACCGAAUGGAACAGCUGCAACGUUAGCUGUGGCGGUGGAAUUCAGUCUCGGCAGCGUUCGUGUGACGGUCCGUUUUAUGGCGGGGCUAACUGUUCAGGGCCCGCUGUCGAGUAUCAAGAUUGUCACACCCAUCCGUGUCCAAUUCAUGGCUACUGGGGCGUGUGGUCUGAGUGGUCAACCUGUAAUGUCAGUUGUGGUGGUGGACAGCAGUCACGUGUCCGGGACUGCAUAGCGGGUCUCCAUGGCGGCAGCAACUGCACCGGGAGCAACAUCGAGUACCAGGACUGCAACCCGCACCAUUGUCCAAUCGAUGGGAAAUGGCGAGCGUGGUCAGCAUGGACCAACUGCAGUGGAUCAUGCGGAACUGGGCAACGGUCAAGGUUCCGGACAUGUGCCGGACCUUAUUACGGUGGUCGAAAUUGUACUGGAGAUGCCAGUCAAGUAGAGGCAUGCAACGUGCACGAGUGUCCAGUUGAUGGGAUCUGGAAAGCUUGGAGUAACUGGACUAAUUGCGAUGUGUCGUGUGGCGGAGGAACACAAAAUAGGACCCGAGAGUGCGACGGUCCGUAUUUCCUAGGUGAAGACUGUCACGGACCUACGGAGGAAGUUAGAAAUUGCAACACUCACGAAUGUGCAGUGGACGGAGUAUGGGGUAACUGGACGGCCUGGGACACCUGUAGUACCAGCUGUGGGAACGGCACACAGUGGCGCUACAGGGGCUGUAUUGGGCCGUUUUUCGGUGGAAAGGAAUGCCAGGGAAACUGGAACGAAUCUCAGGCCUGUAACACUCACCACUGCCCAGUUGACGGCGUAUUCACCAGCUGGAGCGAGUGGUCCAACUGCACAGUCCAGUGCGGGGGCGGGACCAGGUGGAAGGACAGAACGUGUGACGGCCCAUAUCACGGCGGAAAAAAUUGCGAGGGAGCAUGGAGCGAAUCUGAGACUUGCAACACACAUAAGUGUCCAAUUGACGGUGUCUGGAGGCAAUGGUCGAACUGGGAUAACUGCAGCGUGUCUUGUGGCGGAGGGAUACAGUGGAGAUACCGUGACUGUGACGGGCCGUACCACAAGGGGAGGGACUGCGAGGGCAGCUGGAAUGAGUCCCAGGCCUGCAAUUCUCACCCUUGUCCAAUCCCUGGCGAUUGGAUGGAGUGGUCCCCUUGGGGCGAAUGCAGCGCCACCUGUGGAGGUGGUAUUCGGUACAGCACGCGCGUCUGUGACAUGGAAUCUUAUGGUAAUCUCACCAUAGACUGUAUUGGGAACAACACGAAGACUGGCCCUUGUCACGUGUUCUCAUGUGAUCCAGCUCUGAACUGCGAGGACUGGGUGAGGCGUGGACUGACAGUUAGCACUUAUGGCCCCAUUGAUCCUGACGGCCCAGACGGUUUUGUACAGCCGUUUACAGUCUUCUGUAACAUUACUGAAGAGAGAGCCUACACUGUUGUCGGACACAACAAUGAAGAACCCGUUCAAGUUAUUGGCUACGAAGGCGCUGGUGAAUACCAGUUGGCGCUCAUAUACGGCUCUCCCGGUUUCCCUCCCGUCUCCGCUUUGCAGUUGGCAUUUUUGGUAGACACCUCGACGGAAUGCAAGCAGUUCAUCUCCUGGAAAUGUUAUUCGGCUACUAUCCACCAUCCCACCAGCCGAGAAAUCGUCACGACCUUCUGGGCGAACCGUGACGGAGAGUUCCGGUACUACUGGGGCGGGGCACCGCCCGGUAGCGACAUGUGCGCAUGCGGGGUGAACGGCACGUGCCAUAAACCGGGCACUGUUUGCAAUUGUGACGCCAAUGACGCCACUUGGCGCGAAGAUGCUGGUUGGAUAACGUACAAACCAGAUCUUCCUGUGACGGACUUUUACGCCGGUGACACAGGUGUACAAGGCGUGGAGGAAGGGUACCACUAUUUGGGACCAUUGGUUUGUAGUGAAAAGGAUUAUGAUACCGAUAACUAAACGGCUAAUUAGCUCAAUACUAAUUAGUUAAACUCUAACAGGCGUUAGAUACAGUACAGAACUAGCUUCUCUCAGACUUUAUUUCAGCGUCACCCUUCAUUCUCUUUCAUUGAAUCAGACUCUUAUCGCAUUCAGUAUUUUUUCAAUCCACUCACCGUAAAAUUUUAGGUUGUGGCGUUGAGAGCACGAUGGUGUAUCCAGACGUCUUUUAUACCCUUGGUAGUGGCAGUUCUUUUUCCGCUGAUUACAGAUAUGUUUUUCCAUUCGCUUGUUUUAAUUUCAUGCUCAGCUUAAGCUUAUAGAUGUUAUUUGUUUUUGUUUCAUCAGAUAGACCCGAUAGGCGUGGAAUACGCACACUAGGACCAGUAAUAUGCAGCGGCACUGUUCCCUGGCUUCAAUAGUUUCCUUAUGGAGC